UCCCCUAUUAAGAUUCACCAACACUGAAAUGGAUACAAUUUUCCACGAACAGCAAGAGGGUUCCUUGUGUGCACAACACUGUCUAAAUGCCCUAUUACAAGGACAGUACUUCAGUCCAGUAGAUUUAGCAGAUAUUGCUCAGCAGUUAGAUGAAUCAGAAAGAGAACAAAUGGCAGUAGGUGGCAUAGAAACCGAAGAAUAUAGAAGAUUUAUGGAGCAACCAUCCAGUAAUUUUGAUGACAGUGGUUUUUUUUCUAUACAAGUAAUAGAAAAAGGACUGUCAGUAUGGGGUUUACAUUUGUUACCAUAUAAUUCACAAGAUCCUGUUGCAGCAACAGCUAGGAGUAACCCUGUGGAAAUGAAUGCUUACAUAUGCAAUUUUCGAGAACACUGGUUAGCUAUAAGAAAACUUGGUUAUCAAUGGUUUAAUUUAAACUCGCUUCUUACAGGCCCAGAACUUAUAUCAGAUACUUAUUUAUCAUUAUUCUUAACACAAUUACAACAAGAAGGUUAUUCAAUAUUCAUUAUAACUGGAAAUCUACCUGAAUGUGAAGCUGAUUCAUUAUUAAAAGUUAUUCCAGCAAAUCAACCAAUAAAACCAAAACUUAUUAAUGAGAAAAACAUUAAAAAGAAAGUUACAGAUUCUGAUGUUAAACAAGCCCUUGAGGCUAGCAAGAAUGAUAUUGAUGCAGAUGAUAAAAUUUUACAGGAAACUCUGAAAAAAAGCAUGGAAGGAUACUUUUAUGAUGAAACAUUGCCAAGUAGUAGUUCAAAUAGUACUGAGGUUAAAGAAACAGAAGAUAAACCCAUAGUAACUCCAUCUCACGAAGAAAUAAGAUCAAAGAGACUUGCUUUUUUAUCAAAGCUUGAAAGCUCAUCUUCAGAUAAAUCUGAAGCCAAUCAGACAGACGGUGAAAAAUGUAAUGGGUGUGAUGUACUUCUAAAGGAACAAAAAGUAAAUGGUCCAGAAACUAGUGAUGAGGGAAAUGACGAGGAUAUGUUGAAACAAGCUAUAGCAAUGUCUAUGGAAGGACUUGGAUGACACAAACAGAUGUGUCAAGCAGAAAAAGAAAUACUGUGA